AUAAUAAAUUUUUAUUAUAUAAAAAUUAAACUCUGUACAGUUUGAGAGGAAAUUCAAUGAAGGUGGUCCGUUAACACCAUCGGUUUUAUUUCAAGUUUGAAGCAUCCCUGACGCGCCAUUGUAGAGUUGUGGUUGUUCGUGUUACUUAGUGUCAUUAUGCAUAGAAUUUGUGUUUUUAUUAAGUUUUAGAGCAUAAAUGAGUAUAUUUUUUUACAAAUGUAUUAGUGAAGUUAGUAAAAGUGACAAUAAUGCGUGCCGUACCCUUAUGUCUGACUAAUUACGAUCCCUGAGUCACCACGGCUUGUCUAGGCAGCGAGUGGGGGGCGCGCAAUGGAGGCGGGCGCCCGGGCCCUGGAUGUGCUGCCCCUGCUGCAGGAGCGGGUUGCGGCCCUCACCGGCGGCCUAGAUCGCAGGGGCGGGCCCAUCAUAUGGUUCCCCGCAAACUCCAGGCGGGACAGGGUAGCUCCAGAUGACUAUAGACGUUUGCUUCACUACCUUAUGAGCAUACCCAGUGACUCGGUGAGAACGCAUGGCUUUACGAUCUUGAUAGACAUGAGAGGUUCAGCAUGGGCCGCUAUUAAACCUAUUUUGAAAGUUCUGCAAGAACAUUUUUCUUCGUCCGUCCAUCAGGCACUUGUAGUUAAACCUGACAAUUUUUGGCAAAAACAACGAACGACUAUUGGCUCACAUAAAUACAAGUUUGAGACAACCAUGAUAAGCUCCGAAGCUCUGCCUAAGGUAAUAGAUAGCACACAAUUGACAUCGGACCUUGAUGGUACAUUACAUUAUGACCACCCGCAGUGGAUCGACUUGAGACUGGCGCUGGAGGAGCUGCUGUGGCAGGCGGGCGAGCUGCUUGACCGGCUGGACGACCUGCAGGAGGACGUGGCGCGCGCGGACUUCGCCGACGACGUGACGGGUGCGCGACGCGCCAUCGACGCGCACGCCGAUAUCGGAAAACGCCUCGCCAAAGUGCCCGUCGACGAGCUCGAGGCGCAAGGGUCGCGGGUGCUGCAGCGACUGGAGGCGGCGCAGGCGCAGGCGGCGGCGUGCGCGGAGGCGAGUGGCGAGGCCGCCUUCCACUGCGGCUCACCCGGCGCCGUCCGUGCGCAGCUCGCCGCCGUGCGGUCGGCACACGCGCACGCCCACAAGCUCUGGCAGCACAAGAAGAUGCAGCUCGACCAGUGCUUCCAGCUCAGACUCUUCGAGCAGGACUGCGAAAAGAUGCUAGAAUGGAUCGUCAACCAUCGAACGGCAUUUCUGGCGACGUACGUCGAGAUCGGUCGCUCGUGCGCCGCGGCCAAGCGGCUGCAGGAGGAGCACGCUAGGUUCGCGGCGGCGUGCACUGGCGGCGGGCGGCCGAGCGUUGCGCGCGUGGCGACUGCGGCGCGCCGGCUCGCCGACAAGCGCCACUAUGCGGAGGCGCAGAUCUCCGCCCUCGCGCUGCGCCUCGAGCGUGCCUACAAGCACCUUGCCGCAGGUCUCGAGGAGCGCUCGGCAGUGCUGUCGCUGUCGGUGGUGUUUCACCACAAGGCGGAGGCGUACGCGGCGGCGGUGGGCGGGUGGGGAGCGCAGUGCGCGCUGGCGCUGCAGCUGGCCUCGGGCGGGCCGGCACCAGGAGGGACGGGUGCGCCCGGCGGGCAGGGCGGCGCGCCGUGCACCGACCCGCGGGCCCUCGAGCAGCACGCGCAGCGCCACCGCCAGCUCUACGAGCACAUGUGCCAGGCCUACACCGAGGUUCACUCGACCAGCAAGAAACUUCUGUACCAACUUGACCAUCUCGUUCAAGUGUGUCAUCAGACCGACUCUGCCGAUAUGAGCGAGGACUGCGGCGGCGGCGGCGGCGGAGGCACGGGCGGGACGGGCGGCGGCGCCGGAGGUGAUCCCGCCGCCGACUAUAGCUCGGGCGCCAACCACGUGUUAGCCGUCAUCCACCAGAUCCUCGGGCACCAUCGUGCCCUGGAGGCGCGCUACCACCAGGCGCGUCUCAAGCUGCACCGGCGCCUCGCCCUUCUGUUGUACAAGGAGGACUGCCGCCAGGUGCUGGAUUGGCUGUCCAACCAUGGCCUCCAGUUCCUGCAGAAGAACACCGGAAUAGGACGAAAUCUUCACAAGGCUAGAGUGUACCAAAAAUCUCACGAACAUUUCGAAAACGUCGCGCAGAACACGUACACGAACGCGGAGAAACUGCUGUCGGCGGCAGAGGAGCUGGCGCGGUCGGGCGAGUGCGAGCCGGAAGAGGUGCUGGGCGUGGCGCGCGAACUGGAGGCGCACGUGGCAGCUUUCGCGGCGCGCGUCGACCGCCGCCGCCGCCGCCUCGACCUCGCCGUGCUGCUCUACACCCACGAGAAAGAGCUGGUGCAAUGGCUGGAGACGCUGCGCGGGGGCGGGGGCGGCGCGGGCGCGGGCGACGAGAGUCCCGAGGCGGCGCGGCGCGCGCUGGAGCAGUGCGCGCAGCACCGCGCCGCCAGUCUCGACGCCUGCGCCGCCACCAUCGCGCAGGGCGAGACGCUGCUGCAGGACCUCAGGUCGUCGGGCGACUCGGACGCGGCGAGCACGGGCGCCGUGGAGAGCGCGUUGGAGCGGCUGCGCGGCACGCGGGGCGCGCUCGAGGACCUUUGGGCGGAUCGCGAGCGCCGCCUCGAGCUCACGCUGCAGCUGCGACAUUUCGAGCGCGAUGCACUCGAGGUGUCGUCGCGUCUGGAGCUGUGGGGCGACGAGCUGCAGCGCACGGAGCCGCCUCGCGAGCCGCACCAAGCGGAGCAGGCGCUUGCCGCGCACAACGAAAGCGUCGCGCGUAUGCAGCACGCCACUUAUCAAGUGGUGCAGCAAGGUCAGGAACUGGCGGCGGCCAUCGCUGAGGCGGCGGAGGCGAUGUCGGGGGGUGCGGCGGGAGGCGCAGCGGGCGGUGCGGCGGGCGGCGAGGGCGACGCUGCGCCGCCGGACGCGCAGGCGCGCGUGCAACUUUUACUCGACUUCCUGCACGACCGCCAGCUCGACCUCGAGGAGCUGGCAGAGGAGCGCCGCGCGCGUUUCGAGCAGUGCGUCCAGCUCGGUCAGUUCCGGAAGGACGCUGCUCAGGUGGUGAGCUGGAUCCGCAACGGCGAGGCGAUGCUAGCGGCGUCUUUCUCCAUCCCGGGCACGUUGGCGGAAGCGGAACAGCUGAAGCGCGAGCACGACCAGUUCCAGGUGGCCGUUGAAAAGACGCACGCGAGCGCCGUUCAGGUCAAGUACCGCGCCGACGCGCUGCGCGCUGCCAACCACUACGAGCCCCACACCAUCAGGGAAAUAUCGGAGGAGGUGACGGAGCGUUGGCAACGGCUGGUGACGUGCGCGGAGGAGCGUCACAAGUUGGUGACGGCGUCACUCAACUUCUACAAGACGGCGGAGCAAGUGUGCUCGGUACUGGACUCACUGGAGCGUGAGUACCGCCGCGACGAGGACUGGUGCGGCUCCGGCGCCGCGCCCCUCGCGCCCCUAGCGCCCGCUGUAACGGCGCUGAUCGUGAAGCACGGCGAGCAGAAGGAGGCUUUCCUGAAGGCGUGCACGCUGGCGCGCCGCACCGCCGAGACGUUUCUCAAGUACGCGGCGCGCUCCGCCCAGGUGCACGGCCAGACCGCCGCCGCCAGCAAGCACCACCAUGACCAGACGCGCGCUAUUCUCGACACCCUGCUCGCCCAGGAGAACAAGGUACUGGAGCACUGGACGGUGCGCAAAAAGCGACUGGAGCAGUGCCAGCAGUUCGCGCUAUUUGAGCGAUCUGCGCGCGCGGCCGUUGAGUGGAUCCGCGAGACGCAGGAGCGGUGCGGCGCUGCAGGCGCGGCGGCCGCAGUUGCGGCGGCGGGGGUGGCGCGCGAAAGCCGAGAACGCGUGCGUUUGCUGGCCCAACUUGCCGAUGGGCUCGUCGAGAAGGGCCACCCGCACGCCGUGCAGAUCAAGGAUUGGGUCGCCGCCGUCGACGCCAGAUAUGCGGAGUUCAGCGGAUCCAUGGAGGGUGGAGAGAGCGAGGCGGAGAGCGAGACGAGCACGGCGCCGUCCACGGCCUCCGCUCACUCGGAGGAAUCGCGCACCGCCGAGGCAACGCCUGCCGCCGCGCCGCCCUCCGGCGACGAGAAGCGCCGCAGCGCGCGACGCAAGGAGUUCAUAAUGGCGGAGCUGCUGCAGACUGAGCGGGCCUAUGUCAAGGAUCUGGAAACGUGCAUCACAUGUUACUUGCGCGAGAUGCGCACCGAUCCCGCCUCCGUGCCGCCCGCUCUGCAGGGGAAGGAGGAGGUGAUCUUCGGCAACAUCGAGGAGCUGCACCGGUUCCACGAACGCGUGUUCCUGCGCGAGCUGGACAAAUACUCGACAAUGCCUGAGGACGUGGGUCACUGCUUCGUGACGUGGGCGCGCGAGUUCGACAUGUACGUGUCCUACUGCCGCAAUAAGCCCGACAGCAACGCGGCCGUGGUGCAGCACGCCGGCGACUACUUCGACAGGGUGCAGCGCAAGAGGAAGUUAGAACAUCCGCUAGCUGCGUACCUUAUCAAACCCGUGCAGAGGAUCACCAAGUACCAGCUGCUGCUAAAGGACCUGCAGGCCUGCUGCGCCGAAGGCCAGGGUGAAAUCAAGGACGGACUGGACGUGAUGCUGUCGGUGCCGAAGAAGGCGAACGACGCGAUGCACCUGUCACUGCUGGAAGGGUGCGACGUGCCCACCGACAGCCUGGGCGAGGUGGUGCUGCAGGAUUCCUUCCACGUGUGGGACCUGCGCCAGAUCAUCAAGAAAGGCCGAGAACGACGAGUCUUCCUCUUCGACCUGCACCUCCUGCUCGCCAAGGAGGUGAAGGACUCGCACGGGAAGGCCAAGUACAUCUACAAGACUAAAUUCAUGACAUCGGAGCUGGGCGUGACGGAGCACAUCGAGGGCGACGAGUGCAAGUUCUCUGUGUGGACGGGCCGCGAGCCCAUGGCCAGCGACUGCCGCAUCGUGCUCAAGGCGCCCUCGCUCGACGUUAAGCAGACCUGGGUGCGCCGCUUGAGGGAAGUUAUUCAGGAGACAUACUUCCGCGGCCCGCUGGGGCCGACGCCACCGCGCAGCCCAUUGCGCGGCCGCACCACCAGCUCGCAACGCUCCAGCAGGGACCUCGACGACACGUAUCUGGACGAGAACGUCGAUCGCAAUUCUCUGGCGUCAUUCGGGAGCGGCAACACCACCGACUCGGACAAGGCCGUUCCCGAGACGCAGAUGAGCUGGGUGGUGGCGGAGCACACGGCCGCGUCCGCCGGUGAGCUGAGCGUGAGCAAGGGCCAGCAGGUGGAGCUGGUGGAGCCGUGGGCGGCACGCGCCGAGUGGUGGGUGGUGCGCGUGCCUGGCACGGGGGAGGCAGCGCAGGGCGCGGUGCCGGUGCACGUGCUCAAGCCGCAGCCGCAGCCGCACACGCAGCCCCCGCCCGCGCCGCACACGCACCGCAAGACCUCGCCCUCGCCCUCGCCCUCGCGCCGCCCGCUCGCACAGCCCGACGAACCCUUAGACGCAUCGAGCGAUGCGACGGGCUCUGUGAGCGCAGCCAGCCCCGGCAAGCGACGUGGCUUCAGUGGACGGCGAUGGUUGGGGCUCAAAGGAAAACAGUCACAGGGCAAAGCCGACAAAACAUCGUCCGGCGGCCAAACACCCGCCCCCACGGACAAGCCCACACCACUGAAGAAAACACCGUCCGAUAAGAAACUCCGUCUGCCGUACACGAGCGGCGAGGGUCGCGAGGAGCAGGGCAGCAGCAGCGCCGCGCUCGACGAGGGCGAGGACGAUGUGCCCGAGCUGGAGCUACCGCCGCCCAUGAAACCCAUACAGGACCCCCAGGCGGUGCUGCAGCAGGCGCCCACGCCGGCCACCGCUGCGCCCGCCACACGCAACUCCCUGGCUAUGGAUUCUCUGGAUUCCAACGCGGGUCCGGCUGAUAUCGCAGAAAUUGAACAAAUUGUGAAAGAAAAAAUGGAACAGCACGGUGGUGGAUGUUUGGCGGGUGCGCACGUGGCGCCCGGCGUGGCAGAAGACGACCCCCCGCCCACGCCCCCCACACCGGGGCCCGACGACGUCGAGGCAAUACUGAAGAAGCGCGACUACGUUCUGCGCGAGCUCGUCGACACCGAGGAGAUCUACGUGUCCGACCUUCGACUCAUCUGCGAAGGAUAUAUCCGUCACAUGGCGGACCCUACCGCGGAACCAGCGUUGCCUGAAAGCCUUCGCGACCGGCGCCAUCGCAUGAUCUUUGGAAACAUCGAGGCCAUUUUCGAAUGGCACCGCGAUAAAUUUUAUCGCGAGUUGCUUGUCUGCGUCGAGAAGCCGGAGCUGCUGGGGCCGCUGUUCCGCCGCUUCCUGGAGAAGCGCAUGUUCCUAUACGAGGCGUAUUGCCGUAACAAACCCGUCUCCGAGUACAUCGUGUCCGAGCACGACCAGUACUUCCAGGAGCUCAGACAGAAGCUAAAUCACAAGCUGCAGCUGGGCGACCUCCUGAUCAAGCCCAUCCAACGCAUACAAAAGUAUCAUCUCCUCGUCAAGAAAAUCCUGGCGUACACACAGAGCGCCAACCAGCCGCCGGAGGUGGUGGCCGCAAUAGAGGAUGCGGUCCUGUGCACAUCCAUCAUACCUAAAAACGCCAACGACAUGAUGGACGUCGGCCGCUUACAAGGAUUCACGGGCAACAUUACGGCGCAGGGUAAGCUGCUGAUGCAGGACCAUAUGACGGUGUCGGAGGCGGGCGGCGGGGACAAGGGCAAGGAGCUGCACGUGUUCCUCUUUGAGCAGUGUGUCAUAUUCAGCGAGCCCGUCGGCAAGCGCAGUCAGUUCGUCAGCCCCACGUACAACUACAAGGCACAUGUACAGGUGAACAAGAUGGAGGUGGAAGAGUUGGAGAACAGCGGUGCUUUCAUAAUCCACUCUGUGGACCCGAACAAGCCGAAGCAGUCGUUUGUGUGCCGCGCGCCGGAGCCGCGGCGGGCGCAGUGGGCCUCCACGUUGGCCACCAUCCUGCGCUCGCAACGCAUGUUCGGCGAGGCGCUCGAGAACCCCGCCGCGUACCUGCGCGAUCUGCACCGCGACCAGGCGCGCGAUCCCGCCAAUAUGGGUGAGGGUUGGAGCGCGCUUCGCAAGACGGAGAGCGUGCCCCCGUGCGUUGGCGGGCGUAUGGCGGCCGAGAUGCGCGCGCGCUCGCAGCGCCCCCAUGCCAAGGCCAACACCAUCAACCUGCCGCCCACGCCCCCCGUGACACCUGCCACACCCGCCACCGCAGACCGUAACAAGCAUGCUGUGGCGGUCAGCCCCACUUCGCCGCACGCCAAUGGCUUAUCGAAGCGAGCCUGGGGACUAAAAUUACGUCGAGGCGGCAGCGCUGGCGGGGGGGAACCGAGCGCGGAGGGCGUGGUGACCGAGCUGCGCGCGCCGGAGCUACUCGAGCCCGCGGCGGACGUGACCGCGGCGCCCGGUUCGAGCGCGACCAUCGCGUGCCGCGCGAAUGCGACGCGCGCCACCGCCGCCUGGCGUAAGACUGCGCCCGAGACACGCGCACUGCGGCACGGCGGCCGCUUCGUGAUCUCCUUCGCCGGCGACGGGCUGGCGACGCUGACGAUCCACGCGUGCCGCGCCUCGGACGCCGGCGUCUACUGCUGCCUGGUGAGCAACGAGCUGGGCGGCGUGCAGAGCUCGGCGCGGCUGACGGUGGGCGCAGGCGGCGCGCCCGGCGUGCCCGCGGUACGCGCGCAUCCCGGCGGCGGGCUUGUCGUGCAAUGGGACGAACCGGCGCCCGCGCACCUCGAGUACUGCCGCAUGGGCGAGGGCGAGUGGCGGCGCGCCACCGACACGCCUGCUGCUGCCGGUACUCUCGCCCUUGAGGAGUUGCCCGCGGGACAGUACAGCUUCAGGCUGGUGAGUGUGCGUGGCGGGGCCGCAGGCGGUGCGUCCGCUGCGGCGACGUGCGGCGGUGGCGGUGCCUGGCAGCGAGAACAGUUCGCUCGCCGCUACGCCAUCGAGGAGGAGCUGGGCCGCGGGCGCACAGCGCGAGUGCUCGCCGCACGGGACACCGGCACCGGACACCGCGUCGCACUCAAGCAGGUGGUGGGUGGGCGCGGCGCGGACGCGGUGCGCGAGUACCGCAUAUUGUCGCGCGGCGCGCACGCGGCGGUGGUGCGCGCGCUGGCACUGUUCGCGGAGGUGCCGCGCGCGGGGGCGCAUACGCUCGUAUUGGAGCUGGUGGGCGGCGGGCCGCUGCUAGACUGGGCAGCCGCCGAGUCCCCCGGUGGCCCUCCGCGCUACACGCAGCGCGCUGUGGCACACCACACGCGCGCCCUGCUCUCCGCUCUCGACUGGCUCCAUUGCAACGGAGUCGCGCACCUCGACGUUCGGCCGGAGAAUAUCCUGGUGGAGGUUGGGGGCGCGCAGCCGCAGCUCAAGUUGGUAGACCUGGGCUCCGCGGUGGAGACGGGCGGCGGCGGGGGCAGUUCGGACGCGGCGGGUUCAGCGCGUGAUGUGCUGCCGCCCGCGCCUGCCCAGCUCGAAUUCGCGCCGCCCGAGUGCGUGCUCGGCCGACCUCCCACCGCUGCCUGGGACGCCUGGGCCGCCGGCGUCUUCCUCUACGUAUUCCUCACCGGGCUGUCGCCGUUCCUGGACGAGUCUAUAGAGGAGACGACGGCGAACAUCAUCAAGUGCGACUACUGCUUCCCGGCGGAGCACUGGGCCGGCGUGGAGGAGGGGGCACGGACGCUCAUCCGCGGCCUUCUGGCACCCGCGCCCGCGCAGCGCACGCGGCCGCGGGUCGCGCUCGAUCACCCCUGGCUGCACGAGGCGCCGGCGACGCCGCUCUCCGCGAGUCGGCUGCAGACGUUCCUGGACCGGCGGCGACCGGCGGGGCACGGCAACGCGCUGCACUCGCUGCGCUCCCCGGAUGACACGUGACGCCUCGCCCCCGCGCCCGCCCCCGCCUCUGCCUCCACCUCCACCCCCGUCACCGCACCCUCGGCUGCCACCACGCCCACCGCGACUGACCACUGCACACCAUUUUCAAGUCUCGAUGUGGCCACGGGGUGAAGCGUCGACAUGUGUCCGUGAAAUUAUUCAUAAUACAGGAAGGCGAAUACAACAGAUACGUGAGCUGUGGGGGUGAAAUUAGAUUAUAAACAGUUUACACAGAGGCGAGUCACUGCACGGAGAAAAUAACGAAUACAUGCCUUUAAAUCGCUCAAAUCUUAAGAGCUUCUUUAGUCAAAAACGAAAUUUCGGGUCGACCAGGGGAGGGUAGGGCUCGGCGAAGGAAGGAGAAGAGACCGCGCCGGUGUUCGCUUGUCGCAGUGGGACAGUUUGAGGGAUCUCCUGUGCGGCAGAGUUCAGAAAAGUGUCUGUGAUUUAUGCUAAUAUAAUAUUUCUUGCUUAUUCCUAUUUUAAUGUAUUACUUUAAUGAUCAUUAUACUGUAUAUAAUUUUUAUAUAACACUCUAGUUUUGUAAUUGUCUAUAGAGGGAUGCAUUCACGUUUGUACCGCCACCGUCACCGUCACCGUCACCGCCACCGCUACCGCCGCCGACAUCUCAACGUGACGUCAUCUUGCUAGGAUUAAAUGCUCUAUCCAUUGUACUUCUCUGGUCAUAAUGUGCCAAUUGGGACUAAAUAUGUUAAGCGAAAGAUGAAAUAUUACGAAUUUGUCGAUGAUAUAGUGGUCACGCAGUGCACGAGUACAUACACUGCACCAAGAAUAUAUAGGUAAUGUAGUAACUAGACAAAUAUAGACAAAUAUUCUACUCGUGAUAUAUAAAAGAUUUAUUGUUUUAUGAAAUUAUUCGUAAUAAAAUAAUAUUUGCGUGUAGGAUAUUAGAGCCCUCACCGUGUUAAAAUCAAAGAAAUUUAUCUUACCCCGCGACUAAAUAUUUUAUUUUACUUGUCAUCUUCAUUUUUUAAUUAAUUCUCAUGUUAAAAUAAUUUUACAUAUAAAACACUUUCUUUAUCCAUCUGUAUCAAAUGAUGACAAAGCACAAAUGAUUUGUUAUAAACGUAGCUAUGACAGUGUGUGUAGUUAGUGCACGAGGCGUGACAUUGCGUGGCACGCUGCAACACGCUAUGGCACGUUGUGGCACGUCGUCUCGUCGUGCUCAUUGUGAACAGAACAAGUACUAGAUAUGUACGUUUGUGUGCUGAGUAGUUCGCUCGCUAUUCCAAUGUAUGUGUUAAGGCAAUACUAUAUUUGUAAACAUUGUAAUAAAAUAUUGUAAGCUUUAAAA